AUGUCUUCGUGCACUCCCACCUACCUCCCGUCACCGAACUGGGACAUCCCCGCCGACAGCAACAUCGUAGUCCUGGGCCGCCUAAUCAAAGACCCCAAGAACCCACAGAGCAAGGUCCCCCGUAGCAGCGACGACCCCAUCCCGCCACUCAAGAUUUACGAGGGGGAAAAGACGGACUGGCAAACGACCGUCGAGCGCACUCGCUCGGGCAGCAUCGGACUCUGGGCGAAAUGCCUGCAGUUUGUCGGCGGACAACUGAGCUUCGGCCAACUCAAGUCGGCAAUGGAAGACCACAGGUUCGCCAGUCUGGAGACAAAGUAUUUCCUGCCAGACGAUGACUAUCUCGCCCAGGCGCUCGAAGAUGCAGGCGUGCAGGCGUAUUUUCACGUGAACAACCACCGGAAGCCCGUUUACAUGAUCACCGGGAUCAAGAUCGCGCGGGGGGCCAGCGUCAGCGCCGAGAGCAGCACUGAGAGGUUGGUGCAGGCUGAGGUGAAGGCAGACGUGACGAGCGUGGGGGCGCCCGUCGAGGUAGGACCCGAGAUAAGCUGGGAGUCGUUGAAGAAGAGAGGGGUCUCGUACGGCGGGUCGACCGACUACAUCUUUGCCUACCAGCUGAUGAGGAUGAAGCCGAAGAAAGGAGGCAGGGAAUCAAAGAACCAGAGCUAUGUGAAGGGUGCAUUGUAUGGGAAACGUGAGGAGGGUGAUGCAACGGAAGUCAAGCUUCGGGACGUUUUUGAGAUUGAGGAGGAGGCCAGUCACGGGUUCCCCGACACUUGGGAGCAGGUUGAUGAGGAUGAGGUCUGA